AUGUUUGCCAAAACCAUCACGAAGCGCGCCAUUCAGGCUCUAGUCUUGGUUGGCGCGGCCUCAACCGCGCCCCUAGUGUCACGCGACCGCGACGACUUCAACGAGAAAAUGCUCGAGGUGACCAAUUGGUACCGCGCGCAGCAUGGUGCCAAUCCUGUAUCGUGGGACGAUGGUCUGGCCGACUAUGCGACUAACUAUGCUAAGACAUGCCCCAUGGGUCACUCGGACACCCCUUAUGGUGAGAGCGUGGUCGUUGGCGACAAAUGGACCUCCUCGGGCUGCUGGGCCAACGUUUUUGGCCACGAGCGAAUUUACUUCGACUUUGACAAUGGCGGCCCUGCGUCGAACACUGGUCACUUUACGCAGCUCGUCUGGAAAGACACGACCAGAAUGGGCUGCGGUUGGGCCCAGUGCAGCGACGGCUUUCACGUCGUCUGCGAGUACCUCAACGUUGGCAACGUUUCCGGCGACAACAACCGCUACUACCGCGAGAAUGUUGGUCGUCAAGUGUCGGGCAAUGCCAACGACGAGUACCUGGGAUGA